AUGCCAAAGAAAGCCAGACAAACAUUAGAGCAGAAACGAGAGUGCGAUCUAUUACAAAAACAAAGAAAGGUGCCUAAAGAAAAUACUCUUCAGAGAAAGGUUCGUCGCUACCUGCAUAAAAAAGAAAUAGGCAUUUUGAAACAUGAAAUAGAAAAAACGAAGAAACCGAAAGAUGGCAUUAGAAAAAUGUUGUAUAUAAUAAUGAAAAAUAAGAAGAAAAAUGAAAAUAUAUCGACUGAAGAAAAAGUAGAACAACUAGUAGAAAAUGUUAAUACACAAAAGCGUGAAGAAAUUAAAGAGCGACUAAUGUUUGGUGAAAUACUUUCAAGAAAUGUUGGAGAAGGGUAUAAGUGCUUGAGGAAAAAGGAUAAGAAAGAUUUCUCUAAUGUAGUUAUGACGAAAAAGGAAAGUUUAAAAAAUAUAAACUCUUGA